CAUCAAUCUGUCAAGUUCAACACAAAUACGUCAGAGCAUCAAAAAACUGAAUCGUAAAAUUGAAUACUUGAAAAUGUCUGACUGGCCGGAACCACAGAGAAUAUCCCCGUUUAUUAAGAUUGCUCGAUAUGGUUUCCUGAUUGCGGGAAUAUUUUAUGGAGCCUCCAAGUACAAAGUGUACCAGGAAAUGGAAGCAGGUCGUAAAGAGGAACGUUUGAAAAAGAAAGAACUUCGAGACGCUCAGAUCGCAAAGGAGAAAGAAGAAAGCAACAGGCGGGAGAUGGAAGAAUUAGGUAAAAUGUUUGGAGGAUCUGGCGGGGCUCAAAAGAAAGAAUGUAAGGUUGUUGAAGUUCUUCCUGAAUGCGAAGUAUCCCGCACAACGCAAUUGAGUGAGCCCCCAUUUGUUAUUGAAUUACGUCAAAAAGAGUCGUAUGAAAAUAACGAUUACAAAUAUUAUUAUUGCACAAAACCGUAUAAAACUUUACGUGAUAACGAUGAAGGCAUACCCAAUAGUGAAGAUUAUAAAAAAAAUAUAACAUCAGACAAGGGAAUUGAGUAUAUAAUUGUUGAAGACAAUGGAAGUGGCAGUCGCACCAAGAAGUAUGUAAAAUCGUUAGAUAACGAUAACGUUGAUAGCUACAAUGAAGACGUUAGUUAUUCUGAAGAGUACUUCAUCCCCUUAAACAAGGAUAUCUACAAGGAAUAAUUUCUUUAUAUUUAUUAAUAUAAUCAUUUUCAAUAAAUGUU